CUACCACGAACUACACCUGAUGCAAUAACGAUUGCUCUGCAAGGGAACCCGAAUCGUUGGAGUAUAAAAGGAUCGAAAAUCCUUCCUUCAAGCACAGUUCAAUCAGUUUCUUUUAAUAGUUAACACUAACUUUUCUCAGCAAAAAUGGCUUUCAAGUUCGUCACUUUCCUCGCCCUGGUGGCCGUUGCCCGUGCCGGAGUCAUCUCGGGCCCAGCUCUGUCUUACGCCGCUGCUCCAGCUCUGUCCUAUGCUGCCCCAGCCUCUCUGGCUUACUCGGCACCAAUUGCCAAGACUGUGUCCUACGCCGCUCCUCUGGCCACCAAGACCCUGGUUGCUGCCCCAUUUGCCAAGACCGUCGUCGCUGAUGAGUACGACCCACAUCCAGAAUACUCCUUCUCGUACGGAAUCUCCGAUGCUCUGACCGGUGACCAGAAGGAACAGCACGAAUCCCGCAGCGGAGAUGUUGUCCAGGGAUCUUACUCGCUGGUUGAUGCCGAUGGUUACAAACGUAUCGUUGACUACACUGCUGAUCCGAUCCACGGAUUCAACGCUGCUGUCCGUCGCGAACCUCUGGCCGUCAAGACCGUUGCCCCAGUCGUUGCCGCUAAGACCAUUGUUGCCCAGCCUGCCUAUACUGCUUAUGCCGCCCCAGUUGCCAAGACCAUCUCUUACGCCGCCCCAGCUGUAACCAAGACCCUGGUCUCGCAGCCAGCCUAUGCCACCUAUGCCGCUCCUCUGGCCACCAAGACCAUCGUGUCGCAGCCAGCUUAUGCCAGCUACGCCGCCCCAGCUCUGUACCACCAUUAAGUAAUUUGAACGCUUACCAACUGAUUGUUAUGUUCCUUAAUUUAUUACGACCCGAACGAUAAGAAAAAAAAAAUACCUGAAUGAAAAGUAA